CUUUUCUCUACCUUUUAUGUUUUUACUGUUGUCAAUCCCUCAUGGAAACCUCUCAAUGUCGAAUUAAUCCCAUCAAUUCUCUUCUUCAGCAUGUUCACUCUGAUAAAUUUAGUCAAAAGCAACAAUGGAGUUAUCGACCUGACGAAAACACGAUGUCUUUUAGAUCCAAACGUACAGACAACACGAAACAUGAUGGUUCUUUUUCAUUAUCGAUAAAAGAAUUUGUACAAUACAACCAUCCUGAUUACUCCAAUAUUUGGACUUUGCCUUGCUUAGAAUUUUUUGAAACUGGCAGAUAUUCUCCUUCCUGUAGUUCCUCAAGUUGUUCUUCUCGUGCGUCGCGGAUACCAUCAAAUGAACUGGACGAUCAAGGACAACACUUAUGGCUUCAAGAUUUCAAUUCUUUCUCUAUUUCUUCGACAUCGUCAUUUCGGCAACAGUACCACAGCCACAAUCGCUCUUUGUCUCCUUUGAACCAAACAUAUGCAUUCACACAACUUACUUCACUAACGUCAACACAGCCUUCAUUGAUAGGAAGCAGCAAUUUUCAAUCAUCAACAACAAGGGAUGAAACUGAAAGCUGGGAUAGAGUAUUCGACUGUUACGAAAAUAGAAAUGACAACGUGGUCAUACUUGACAAUGAUACAAAUAUAGAUACUGUUGGGGAAAUACGAAAAAUAAAAACAGAGGAGAAUGACGGUUCAACAACAAUCAUAUCAAAUCAGUUGAACAUUAUGGGAAAAAGCAGUAGCAGCACCAUGAUACCCUCAACUCUUACACCAAACAAUGACGAUAUACCACCAGUGGAUGCUAUAUAUUGGUACGAACUCGGAAUAAGUCUGCAAGAUAUGGAACAAGAUAAAGACGCCAUUGAUGCAUUUCAACAAGCUUUGGCUUUGGAUCCAUCUAUGGUUGAUGCUUGGCUGGGAUUAGCGAUUAGUUACACGAAUGAACAUCAACGGGGAAAGGCAUACGACUGUUUAGAAAAGUGGUUAGAAAAUAAUGGCAAGUAUAUGAUGUAUUCCAAAUCAAGUAAUAAGAACAAUAUCAUGAAGGACAGAUAUACAUCGCUAGUGGAUCAGUAUUUGGCAGUGGCAAGAAGUGCUCCGGGUAACUUGGGAACAACACAUGUAAGAACCAACUUGGAAACAAAUGAUGAAUCAACACCAAUGGAUGAAGAUGUUCAAGUGAUCUUGGGUAUAUUAUUCUAUCUGGCAGAUGAUAUGGAAAAAGCUAGGGAUUGUUUUCAAGCAGCACUGAUAUGUCGACCACACGACUAUCGACUUUGGAAUCAAUUAGGAUCGAUUAUGAUGGCACAAUCAAAUGGUGAGGAUGACGCUUUGGAUAUGUAUUAUAGCGCCUUGGAUUUGAAUCCUUCCUAUGUUCGAGCUCGUUACAAUUUGUCAAUUGCAUAUAUGAAGAGAGCCCAAUACGAUCUUGCAGCGCAACAUUUGGUGACGGCUCUUUACCAGCAACAGGAACAACAACAACAUCAACGACAGGGACGACACUCAACAUCUCAUGUAGAAACAACCUUGGAAAACAAGAUGCCUUCUCCUUUAUGGUCAAGUUUACGGUUGGUCAUGUAUAUGUUGAAUCUGGAUCAUUUGGCGGAUGCUUGUAAUCGAUACGAUUUGGCUCCAUUUGAAUCCUUUUUGGAAACACAAACAUCAAGUCAUAUGCAAAUAGAUAAACAAUGUUGUGAUAUUCUUAGCUAGUUUUUAUUUAUAUAGAUGUAGACAAACAAUAAAAACUAUGCUUAUUGUUUAUAUGAUUAGACGAUCUCUUUUUUUUUUUUUGAAACAAUCAAACUAC